CCAUUUCUUUCAUCCCUCAUUUUUCUUCAUCACUUAAAUAAAAUAUUCUUUUAAAUAUAAUAUUAUAUUGCACCACGCGGCGGCGGAAAUUACAUAUAGAAGAAGGAAUUGAAAUUAAAUGUCGGCAAGUACCAAACAAGGCACCGGAGACGGCAAGGCGGCUGCCGAGAAGUCCAAGUUUGCGGAGACUUGCAAUCGUUUGAGUCUGUUUCUAAAAGAAAAAGGCAAUCUUCGAGAUAUUAGUUCCGAAAUCAAUGCAAAAUUUGCUGCUGCUGAUGCUCCUAAAGGUGUAUCGGAAUUAAAUCCGGCGACCACUACGGUAGAUUUUUUAAGUAAUAUGAAUAUGUUUGGGGAGGAGGAGAAAAAUAAUGUUCCAGAAUAUGUUAUCUUAGAUUCGUCUGAUUCUAUUGCUACUAGUAGUGCUGGUGCUACACUACAACACAUAAAUAGUAGGAGUAAUAGUAAUAGUAAAACCACCACGGGUGGACAGAUGAGUAUAUUUUACAAAGGAAAAGUCAUGGUUGUGGAUGAUGUUCCGGAAGAUAGAGCCAGAUACGUGAUGCUGGUCGCCAAGAACGCCGGUGUUCCUCAUCCUCUUCCUCAUGACAACAACAAAUCAUCAGUUGAUGAAUUAUUAUUAAUGGCGGCAGCCUCACCUUCUAAAUAUUCACAACAGCAGCAGCAGAAGAAGAAGGAUGGAGAUGAUGUAGUUUUAGAAGAAAUGAUUAACAAAUCAUCAUCAUCAGCAGCAGCAGCAGCAGCAGCUGAUUCGGAUUUGCCAAUUGCGAGAAGAGCGUCACUGAACAAGUUCUUGGCUAAGAGAAAAGACAGGGCAACGGUGCGAGCAGCUAAUAAUUAUGCCCCUUAUCACCACCAGAUGUCGCCUUCAGCAGCACCAGGCGCCUCAUCCUCAUCCUCUGAGCGUAGUUUCGACCUCAAUAUGUAGUACUGUACUAGCUAGCUAGUAACUAAAAAUUAACACGCAUCAUGUGCUUCCUUUAAUUUUGUAUGCAACACAACAUACACACACAGCUUGGCCCUCACCUAGCUACAACACACACUUACUACCAUAAUACUCGUAUAUAUCUAUAAAUCUAGAUCCAUUUCUUGGAAGAUUCCGAUUCUAAUGUAAUCAACUUUAUAUUUUAUUGUUAA